AUGGCCUUAACUACUUCCGGUUUUCAAGCACUCGGCAAAUUCGAUACUGCAGGUCAGAUCGAUGGUCCUGUCGAUGUUAUGAGCAGUACUCAAACUCGACGGAAAUCAAACUCCCAAGCCCUUGAACAGUCGAAAGUCUUGCUGGCAAGGCCGAACCUUCUCAAUGCUGCAGAUUUUGAAUCAAUUUCUCAACUACCAGCCCGAGAACUACGUAACGACUGGGCUGGUACUUACAGGAAGGCUCAUUCGGCACAACAACAUCCAGCAAAACGCAUGGGCGAAGUCAAUGAUUCCGAUGAAGAAGUCUUGGACGACGCGGAAGAGGAAGUUUUAUGGGAUGAAAACCUUAAAUAUAAGAAUUUGGGAAUGAUCAACGUUCCGAAAGGAGGAUCUCCAGCACAGAAAGUCUACAACGCGAGCAAGUUUGCUCAAGAGGUAGGUAAUCAAGAUGUGGAAGACUUUGCGCUUGAAUCAGAUCAGGAAAGUAGCGAUGACGAUGGACCAGAAUUAGCAACCAGUAUGAGAGAUGCGCCACCACCGCAAGUUCAAGCUCUCCAGGCCCAGCUAGGUGGAUGGGAUGGCCCACUGACACAGUAUUUUCGGGGCCAGAUGGAGAGUCCUGUUCGAGACCGUUAUGAAGAGCUUAUACAGCCCAUUGACAAUGCUAUUGCUGCAGAAUUCGAUGGUUCAACGAUCGAAGGCACAAGAGAAAAUCAUCAAGCUCAACUCCAAAACCCCUUUACAUUUGCAUAUUCAAUACAUAAAAGCCUCUAUAUGCUGACAAUGGGAUACAAAGCUUUAUGGAGAAACGGUACAUUCAAUUCGAUACUGAAUGGAAAAUCGGAGAAUAAGCAGAAAGUUCUCAGCCUCGAGAGACUAAUUCAUUCCAUCGAAUACGAUGUAAAUGAAGCGCGUUUCCCGGAGAAUUUUGUGGAUGCGAUGAUACCUCCUCAAAUUAAACAUCUUUGCAAAAACAAAGAAUCGAUCCCAAGUCAAAAUCAAAAUCUCGCAUCCGCAAGUGGGACCUUGAUCCCAAGUCAAAAUCAAAAUCUCGCAUCCGCAAGUGGGACCUUGGUCCCAAGUCAAAAUCAAAAUCUUGCAUCCACUAGUGGAACUUUGGUUCCAAGUCAAAAUCUUAGUGUUGCAUUGACAGCUUCAAGUCAUUCAAGCCCAGAUCAAACUGAUGUGGAGAUGGCAAACGAUCAAAAUCCAGGUCAAUCUCUCACCACCAACCAAGCUUCAGAUCAGCACAUCGCCACCAAUAAUCAAAUUUUAGAAGAAACCUUAAGCCAGUAUUAUGAUCAAAUUGGCGGGUUGAACGGGAAUUUGAGAUCUUACCUGAGUCAAGCUUCACCGAAAAGUAAGCAGAACUUAUCUAGAAAGAUAAUCGAUGUUGGGAAUCAAUUUUUAAAGAUAUGUGAGAGGCAUGGGUUUGAUGGGAGUAAGGGAGUCGUCACCGAAGAGCACCUCCAAAUUGCCGAAGGUCUGGAGAAACAGCUUACAGAGGCUAAGGAAGUGUACUUGAAAAAUUCUGGGGAAGAAAACCUCCGGAGUCUCGAAAAAAUUCAAGGUGAAAUAAGACAUCAAUUUCCUGAAUCUUUAGCAAUCGCUAUAAUAGGAGGUGAUCGUAACAUCAGUCCGGUCCUCGAAAAUGCACAAACUAAGCCCGCUGGACCAACAACAGAUAACCAACAGAUAUCAAUAGAGCAAAAAUAUGAAAACCUUCGGGCCGAGUAUUAUACUACAAUUAAGAAUGGUGAUCAUUUGUCGGGGUACCUUUACGCAGACGACAAUCUUCUUGCUAUAGCAGCAAAAAGAAAGCUGGAGACACUUGCCGAUGAAUUUCAAAGCCAAUGUAAUAACAACGGUUUUGACGCGAAACAAGAUAUCAUAGAUGACAAUAAGCUUGUGGCUCUCACGACGUUGAGCAAUGAUAUAGAAAAGGCUAAGGAAGUCUAUUUGAAAGAUUUGAAGGAUGUUGAUUUCAAACAUCUGCAGAGCUUAUGGAAUGAAGCAGAGGCCGAAAAAGAGCUAGCUGAUAUUGUCCGAGGAGAUUAUAAAGAAUUCUUAGUCAAGCUAGACAAAAGAAAGAAGGAACCGUCACCGCGAUUCACGUCAUUGGUGGGUGAAGAUAGCCCUCCCAGGGUUAACGACAACAAUCUGAACUCCCGAUUUGUAACACCAACCGCAUGGAAAUCCCCCCCCGGAAUCAUCAUCGAUAACGGCAUUGAGAAGAAAAUCGUGGGAUUUCGAUCUGUUGGUAAUGGUGAACAACUACUGCUUGAAUGGCGGAACCAUGGAGCUGAACGAAAUGCAUUUGAGUUGGUUGCAUCAAGCGUUUACAAAGGUAAACGCAAGGAAUAUAGCGGUGGUAAGAUGGCAGUUGGGACAAAAUAUGAACUCGAAAAUUAUUCCUUAAGGGAUUGUGGUUUUGGUGGGGUUGCUCAGGUUCGUCGUCGUGAUACUACAACUUCUUACAUCCGUGCACCACCAACCUAUAUUUUUAUCUCUCAUAAGGGCGAUGAAAAGUGGUUUACCAAAUCUGAUAUGAUCGCAAAGUUUGGCGAUCAAAUCAAAGAUGCUAUAGAAGAUUACAAUAAAGAGGCACAUCAAACGCAAGUGACAGGGAACCGUGGAUGGAAGAAUUCAAGGCACAAUGGAUGGAAAGACUCAAGCCCAUUGAAUGAUAAUUCUAAGAAUAGCACAUGGGACGACUACGUUAUAUCGCAUAGCAGAGGACAUGGGGCCAAAGAAAAUAUCAUAAGCAACGAUAGUUCACCUGUUAUGGACGAACAAGAAAUGUACGAGAAAUUCAAGCAAUUCCUCAAGACCGGCACGGGUUGGGCAUGA